AUGGCCUCCAACCCAAAUUUCAACGAGAAAACUAGCGCUGUUGCUGUCGCACAUCACUACGCUUCGCAAGCUCGCAACAAGACUGUCCUGAUAACUGGUGUCUCCAGAUAUGGCAUUGGAGAGGGGAUUGCCCGCGCUUUUGCUCAUGGCGGCGCAUCUACUGUUAUCGUGACCGGUCGAGACGAUACUCGUUUGUCGUUAAUUGUUAAGGACCUUACCACAGACUAUCCCUCGGUCAAGUUUCACCCUCACAAACUCGAUCUUACUUCUCUUGAGGCUACUCGUCGCUCCGCGAAUGAGCUUCUUGAGUAUGAUACUGUUCCACAAAUCGAUUUCGUGGUCACUAAUGCUGGCGGCGCCUUCCUCGGUCCCAGACAACUCACCCCAGAUGGCCUGGAGUCGAGUUUUCCUAUCAAUCAUCUCGGUCACUUCCUCUUCGUCGCCAAUUUACUCCCGACGCUCCGCCUGGCAGCAAAAGACUCGGUACCUGGAGACACACGUGUAAUCGUGAUCAACAGCACCGCACUGCAUAUAUCUCCGUUCCGCUUUGCGGACUACAAUUUCGACGGCAACGUUGUCCCGGAGGACGAAGCCCCAAAUUGGGCUCCUAUCAAGGAGAUAUUCGGCUUUGGGGAGCACGAAGGUUAUUCCGCAUGGAUCGCGUACGGACAAAACAAAACAGCUAAUGUACUAUGUGCUGUUAACUAG